CGGCUGACCGCGCCAUGGCCACCUCCUGCACUCCGAGGACCGCCGUCCUGCUGCUGCUGCUGCUGCUGGCUGCCGCCACGGCGCGCCCAGAGCACAUGGGCGGCGUCAAGGGCGUGAAAGGCAUCGCGGCUGGCGUCGGACGUCCCUCAGGCAGCGGGUCCCUAUCUGGUGACGGCGUGUGGGCGGGCUCUGGCAGUUCCUCCAAGUCGUCGUCGUCCUCGUGGUCGUCGUCGGGCGGCGGCUCCGGCAGCGCCAGCGGCAGCCAGUCGGGCAGCAGCUCCUCCUCCUUCGGCACUGGAGGCUCCAGCAGCAACGCCGGCUCCUCCUCCUCCGCGGGCUCCCUGGGAGGCGCCGGCGGCUCAGCCUCUGGAAGCCACAGCGGCAGCCACGCCGGAUCUGCGUCCGGGUCAGGUGGCAGCAGCUCUGGGUCUACCUCUGGAUCUAUAUCUGGCAAUGUGGGCAGGGGGUCAAGUGGUACAGGAGGUGGAGCAGCCGGUGGGUAUGGUGGAAUCACUGGAGUGGGAUCAUCAGGAACAGGAGGCCUUGGAGGUGCCACAGGUGGUGCAGCAGCCACUGGAGGCAGUGCUGGAUCCCAACCUGGUGGGUCUGGUCAUGGUAGUGCUGGAGCAAGUGGUAUAGGAGGUGGCUCUGGAACAGGAGGAAUUGGGUUUGGUACCCAUGCAGGAGCUGGUGGACAAGGAAAUGUAGCUGGUGGUUCAGGUGGAAGUGGCGCUGGAGCUUUUGGACCUGGAGGAACUGGUUCUGGUACUUUUGGCAGUGGUGGAUCAGGUACAGGAGGCUAUGGCUCUUCUGGAUCCGGAAAUGUCGGAAGAGGAACUGGAACUGGAGGCAUUGGAGGCAGUGUUAGUGCACCAUCUGGUGGGUUUGGCCCAGGUGGAGUUGCUGGUGGCUCAGGGAUAUCUGGAGGGCAUGGUGGUGCAGGUGGCAUUGGAGGUAUUGGUGGAACUGGGUCAACUUCCAGUGGACAUGGAAAUGGAGCAGCUGGUCAUGGAGCCCAAACUGGGUCUGCAGGCUUUGGUGCAGGUAGUUCAUCUGGUGGAGGUGCUGGUGGACCAGGUAUAUCUGGAGGGUAUGGUGGUGUAGGUGGUGCUGGAGGUGUUAGUGGAACUGGGUCAACUUCCAGUGGACAUGGAAGUGGAGCAGCUGGCCAGGGAGCCCAAACUGGGUCUGUUGGCUUUGGUGCAGGUAGCUCAUCUGGUGGUGCUACAGGAGGUUAUGGAGGCACUGGUGGUAUUGCAGGUGGACCAGGAUCUGGCAGCAUUGGUCAAAGUGGUGCUGGUGCAGGUGGUUCAGGAGCUUUUGGUGCAUCUCAAGGAGGUUCCACUGGAACUGGUGGUGCCUUCAGUAAUGGGGGCACAGGAGGUGCUGUGGGACAUGGUGGUCCUGGAGGGGCUGGUCAUGGUGUGGGAACUGGUGGAGCUGGUAGUGCUGGUGGAAGCCAAGGAGGUUACUCUGGAAGCUCUAGUGGUGGUUCCUCUGGAGCUAGUGGCCUGGGUGGAGUAUCUGGUGCUGGUACUGGCAAUUUAGGACAUGGUGCUGGUGGGGCUGGUGGUUUUCUGGGUCAUAGUGCAGGAGUAGGAAGCUCUGGUGGUGGUGCUGGUAACAUUGGUACUGGUUCCAUUGGAGGAGGUUCUGGAGCUUCUGGGCCUGGUGUGAGUGGUGGUAUAUCUAGUGGAGGUGCCGGAGGUUAUGGCGGAAGUUCUGGUGUUGGAGGUGGUGCUGUUGGUGGAGGCAAUCAUGCUGGAGGUGCUGCUGUUGGCUCUGGGCAUGGAGGUAUCGCCACUGGCUCCUCUGGACUCGGAGGCAGUGCUGGCUUAGACUCUGGUUCCUUAGUUGGUGGUGGAGCAGGACAGUCGGGAACUGGCUCUUCGGCGGGAAGUUCGGCUGGAUCCUCCUCUGGAAGCUCUGCUGGUGCUCUUGGUGGCUCUGGCGGCAGUUCUGGAGGCUCCAAAGCCAGCUCCGGCAGCUCUGCAGGCAGCGACGCCAGCGCUGGAACAGGCUCUGGUGCGUCCUCAGGCAGCAAGGCCAGCUCCAGCGCGAGCUCAGGAAGUGCUACGGGCAGAGAUGCCCAUGGCCGCAAGGGCGUCAAGGGAUACCAUGGGAGCCACCACUGACACGCAUCACUGUUCGCAUCUGCGCACAGAUAAUCUUGCUGAACUCUAGUAUGUCGCAGUGUAUGAACAUUGUGAUCUGCCAAAUUGUACAGAGAUCCAUCUGUGAUCUACUAUACUACAUUACAUUUCAACGCAAUUUUCUAACUGUUCAGUGUGCCUGACUCUAAGUUAACAGAAAAUGUGAAUUUUUUAUUGCGGCAGUUGGGUGUAAGAGUCAAGU